UCAUAUGAUUGUGAUUCUGCAGAUCCCGUCAAAAGCUCUAUCCUCGCCUGCGCUUGCAGACAGUUCGCCUUGUUUUCUUUAUGUGAGCGUCUGUCCUGUGUUCUUCGUGUGGCAGCUGACACUUAACCUCGCGGCGAAAUGUUUGCGAGGGUGCUCCUCGCGGCGAGCAUCAUUUGCUUAACCAGUGCAGUUCCCCUGGUCAAGCCAUCUGACAAAGUUUGCCAGACACUGAGCACAUCAUGCCAAGACCUGUGGGUUGCGUCAUCAUGCAAAACUGUGAAACCCUGCAUAGAGAUGAUUUGGGAAAAGCUCGAAGUCCCUAUGGACAAGAGCAAUGUGUGCAACAUCUGCAAGGAAAUGGUUAAAGAAGCAAGGGACCAACUCCUCAGCAAUGAAACUCAGGAGGAACUAAGAGAAGUGCUUGAAGGCAGCUGUGCAUUGAUACCGGUUGAAUUUAUUAGCAAACUGUGCAAGGACAUGGUUGACAAUUUCAUUCCUGAUCUGAUUGACAUCCUUGUUUCAAGGCUUGAUCCAGACCAAGUGUGCACAAUUGCUGGACUCUGCAAUCCUGACUUUGUUACCAGGAAGCUUCAGAAUCUCCUGGAGCACAAAGUCUUUAUGGCGUCAAUGCAGUCUCGCCUCUUCCUGCCUUUGUCAAAAGAAGGUGCAUCAGCAUCAAGUUCUAAGAAGGAAGCCACAUGCGCUGAGUGCAAGACUGCCAUGAAGCACUCCAGAGAACUGUUCAAGAAAUUGCCCUUGGCAGGAGUCAAGUCUGCGGUCCUGAAGGCUUGCCAAGGAAAGCUUGGCACUGCCAAUCCUGAGUGCUCCACAUUGGUGAAUGCUUUCCUGCCAUCAGUCUUCAAGUACCUGCAGUCAUUGAACCCUGAAGAGUUUUGUGCCUAUGUGGAUCGCUGCAAGGCUCCGAGCCCACCAAAACUGAGCCUCCCGCCAAUCACCAUAGGAAAGGACAAUUUGACUUGCGACUUCUGCAAGCAGCUUGUGGAUCAUGUGAGGCAAAUUCUUGCUUCAAACACAACAAAGCUAGAAUUUAAGCAGGCUUUGCUGAACUUCUGCGAAGAGCUUGGGGCUGCUGCUGAAGAGUGCCAGAGUGUUGUUGACGAUUACUUUGACAAGAUGUACUCUUACCUUCUCGAAGCUCUUGAGCCAAAUGUUUUCUGCAGUACCAUUGGCCUCUGCUCUGCUAACCGCAUGAAGUCUGAGGAGAAGGCGCUGAACAAGCUCGUCAUCAAGGCAAUCCAAGGUGCACUGCAACAGAAGGGCCACCUCAAGAACCUAAAAGCUGCCAAGAAAGUGAAGGGUUACUUGGAGCCAUCUCCUUCCGUUCCUCUUAUCAAGGUCUACCCUGCUUUGCCAAAGAAAUACUUUGACAACAACAAAUCUGAAAUUGCAUUUCCCAUGGUAAAGACCUUCCCUGCCCAGUAUAGCCCAGUUGUUGAGGACAUCUACACCUGUUCUAUUUGCAAGGCAUUCAUCACCCUUCUUGAGCAAGUCAUACCAGUAAAUGCAACUGUGGAAGACGUGAAGUUUGUCCUUGACCAAAUUUGUGAGCUCUUCCCUGCAGAAACGGAAAAAAACUGUCGAAGCUUCGUUGACAAGAAUGCAGAAGUGAUCCUCAAUUUUUUGGCCCAUGAUGUUGCCCCAGCCGUCAUUUGCCAUGAAAUAACUCUUUGCAUGUCACUGCCCCCGAAAGAUGGGGCUGUUUUGGACUCGCCAGAUUGCGAAUACUGCAAGGUGACUGUUGAAUUCUUCUAUGAUGAGCUCAAGAAGAAAGAAACUGAGGAAGAAGUCAAGCGGAUAGUUGAGAAACUUUGUCAGCUGUUCCCGAGCAGCAGCAGGGACAAGUGCAUCAGUACGAUCAACACCUACGUCGACAUGGUCAUAUCCCUCGUCCUUCAGGAGUUCACCCCUGAGCAGAUCUGUCAGCAACUGGGCUUCUGUGCCUCAACAAAUGUAUCUACGCCAGUUGUUCCACCCAAGAAAGUCUCAGAUGACACAUGUGACCUGUGUAUGGCUGUGGCCAAGUUUGUCUAUGACAAAGUGAAGGACGAGAGAACUGAGGAGAAGGUGAAGGAAGCACUGGACCAAGUGUGCACUAUACUGCCUGGCCCACUGGCGCAGAAGUGUGUUGAUAUGGUCAACACCUAUUAUGACAUGCUGGUCAACCUCUUCCUCCAGGAACUUGUCCCUGAUCAAGUGUGCAAAGAACUCGGUCUGUGCCCCUCCACAAAGAAAGCCGGGAUGCACCCUGUUGCAAGUGUCCCCUCUAAGAAGCCUACAGACGAAGAGUGUAACAUCUGCCAGACUGUGGUGCAGUUUGUCUACAAUGAACUGAAGAACAACAAGACUGAGGAGGAGGUGAAGCAACUCUUGGACAGGGUGUGCUCUCUGCUGCCAGACUCGUGGAAACAGACAUGCACAGACACAGUCAACACCUACUAUGAUCAGCUGGUGGAGCUCAUCUUGCAGGGCUUUACGCCUGAACAGGUCUGCCAAGAGCUUGGCCUCUGCCCUUCUGCCCAGAGAAAGCUUGGUGCAACCAGACCUGUCAAAGUUGCCAGUGAUGAAACGUGCAUGUACUGUACAACAAUUGUUCAGUAUGUGUAUGAUGCUCUCCAGGACCAGAAAACUGAGGAGAUGGUCAAGCAAGCACUAGAUGAAGUUUGUACCCUCUUCCACGGAGAUAGGCGGCAGGAGUGCGUUAACAUGGUCAACACAUAUUUUGAGGUUAUUGUAUCCCUCAUACUUCAGGACUUCACUCCUCAGCAGAUAUGCCAAACAAUUGGACUGUGCCCAUCAUCCCAGAGAAAGCUUGGUGCAACCAGACCUGUCAAAGUUGCCAGUGAUGAAACAUGCAUGUACUGUACAACAAUUGUUCAGUAUGUGUAUGAUGCUCUCCAGGACCAGAAAACUGAGGAGACGGUCAAGCAAGCACUAGAUGAAGUUUGUACCCUCUUCCACGGAGAUAGGCGGCAGGAGUGCGUUAACAUGGUCAACACAUAUUUUGAGGUUAUUGUAUCCCUCAUACUUCAGGACUUCACUCCUCAGCAGAUAUGCCAAACAAUUGGACUGUGCCCAUCAUCUCCUGGAGGAAAUGUAGAGUGUACAUUCUGCCAGUAUGCUCUUCACUUUAUCCAGAAUGAGCUUGUGGACAGUAAAACUGAGGAGAAGGUGGAAGCUGUACUUGACAAAUUGUGUGCCAAACUGCCAGAGGACAUGGCUAAGGAGUGCAUGGCAUUUGUAGAAGAGUAUGGACCAGCUGUCAUGGUUCUCCUUGCUCAGGAGAUAGAUCCCAGCAUAGUGUGCGUGGCUGUUAAGGCCUGUCCAAAGGACGGGCUCAAGAAACAAUCUGACCUGAAGCUGAAGCUGAAUGAGUGUGCCAGCUGCGCAGCUGCAAUCAGCUAUGUUGAGCAAGUACUUAAGGACACCAAGAACGAUCAGGAGGUUGCCAAACAAUUGGCAAAUGCCUGUGAGCAUGUGCCCAAGACACUUCAGUCUCAGUGCAAAGCCGUGAUUGAAACCUAUGGGCCAGCACUUCUCCAGGCAAUUGCACAGUUUGGCAGUGGCCAGAAAGCGUGUGAGAAGCUGGAUAUCUGCUCAGGUGAUGUUGUGGCAUACAAGCAUCACCAGAAGAAGCUAAUCGGCAGCAACCCAUGCACACGAGGUCCAGCCCAUUGGUGUCACUCAAAGGAAAAUGCUGCAGCUUGCAAGGCCACCCCAUAUUGCGUGAAAAAGGUCUGGAAGCAGUAGUGCCUCUUCCUAGGUUUUGUUUGAUACUCAUUUUAAGUAGUGCUUGUUGAUUAGAACUACGGCACAAUACUACUCACAAUUUUUUGUUUUUGUUAUAUAAUUGCAUAGAACGGAUAGACUACUUAUAAAAACCAAAGCAUUUUGUUUUGUUUUCCUUGCUUUUUUUAUGCCCAUUUGCUUUUGGGUACACAAUGUUUCGAGUUUAUAUUCUAUGUCAGUUUUUGUGCACAUUUUGGAAAUGGCAAUAAACCUUGAAUACUGGUUUUA